AUGGCAUCAAAUAAAGCAAAGAUAGCGAAAGAUGAGGGCAAUACAGCCUUCAAGUCGGGUGAUUACCCAGCCGCGAUCGGCCAUUAUACAUCUGCGAUUCUUGCAGAUGCUAAGGACCCGACGUUUCCUCUCAACCGCGCAGCAGCGUACUUGAAACUAGGCAAGAACGAGGAUGCAGAACGAGAUUGCACAACUGUUCUGAAGCUGAGCCCUAACAAUGCCAAAGCUUUAUUUCGAAGAGGUCAGGCUCGAACGGGUCUAGGUUACUUGAGUAGAGCUCAUUUCGUCAGAGCAUCCGAACUAGAGCCGUCAAAUCAAUCUGUGAAGCAGGAACUUUUAGAAGUCGAUAGGUUAAUUCGACAGCAGCAGCAGCAGAAGCGUGACAGUACAAGCCCUUCUCGUCCAAUAACCGUACCGUCAGUGCCUGCUCCAGCGAUAAGGCGGAGGCGUGUUCCAAUAGAGAUCGUUGAGGACGGUUCUAAAGUAUUACAUCGUCAUGAUGCAGCCGAAGAUGUGGAAACGCAGCCCAAAGAACUUGGGGACAAUGGGUUUCUGCAGCCGGUUUCUUCACGAGCGCUACCUCGGAGUGACGAACCUAGCUCAUCAGGCGUCAAACCAAAUCAGAGCACUACCCAACCUCUACCGAGGCGAACUACUUCAACAAGAACGCAAACCUUCAAAGACGCAAAGCAGUUACGAGACACUGAAAAAUCCUCACGCGUUGGUGGGGGGAUAUUCCGAUCAUCUGGCGAUCAUACACUAUUCGCUAGGGACGAAAAAAUGCCUGGCGCAGCCCCAGCGACGACUUCGCAUUCAGCCACGGUUAAUGGUACUGUCCCGAAAGCUUCCGUGACUCUCUUCAACUUCACAAAGAUGUGGGAGUCACACAUGAAAGACGAAGAUCGUUGGAACAUUCUUUCUGGAAUACCACCAGUGUCCCUUCCCAAGAUGUUCCAGGCGUCGCUGGAGCCAGUUUUGCUCUCAUCAAUGCUUCAGCAUUUUGAACGAGUCAUAGAUCAACACAUCGCGGCUCCGGCUGAUGUGCGUGAAUAUCUGGUAUCGCUGUCAAAAGUCCAGCGCUUCGGCACGAUCAUGCUAUUCAUGAACAAGGACGAGAAAACACUUCUAAAAAGGCUUUGGGAGACGUGUGGAAAGCUCGAUAGCACUUGA